CAAAACGCGUCACACUCAAGCGUCGGCAGCUCCAUUUUCCAGCUGGUGAAAAACUUUGGUGGUUUCACCUUCAGUCGCUAACGGUCAGUUUUGGCCAUUUCCAUUUCUCUUUGGGACUGAAAAGAAACGUUUUUCAAGAUGGGAGGCGGCGAUCUGAACUUGAAAAAGAGCUGGCACCCCCAGACUAUGAAAAACAUUGAGCGUGUCUGGAAAGCUGAGCAGAAACAUGAGGCUGAACGUAAAAAGAUCGAGGAGCUCCAGAAGCAGCUGAAGGAGGAACGAGCCCGAGAGGAAAUGACAAAAUAUGCGGAGGAAACCGGCGUCUUAAAAAAAAAAGAUGAUCGGUUGGACUGGAUGUACCAGGGCCCUGCCGGUCAGGUGUCCAGGGAUGAGUACCUGCUUGGGCGCCCCAUUGACAAGCAGAUCACUGACCAGUAUGAGGAGCCAGAGAGCGGUCCCUCAGCUGAGACAGGCCUCCUGCCUGGGUCCAUAUUUAACCCCGCCACCCCUGCCUCCAGCCUCGAUUUGGCUGCCAAGAUCAGGGAAGACCCCCUGUUUGAAAUCAGGAAACGUGAGGAAGCAAAGAAGAGAGAAGUCCUGACUAAUCCAGUAAAGAUGAAGAAAAUUAAAGAAAUGCUUCGCCAAAACCUUGACAAGAAAGACAAGAAAAAGAAGAGGAAGAAGGAGAAGAAGGAGAAGAAAGGAGACAAAGACAGAAGGAAGGAAAAGAAGCAUAAGAGGAGUUCAAGUUCGAGCUCGGAGGAAGACGAUGAGAAGAAACACAGGCUAGUAAAGAGGUCACACCCACGAGACAACUCCUCAGACACCAAAUCUCAUUCUCAUCAUCAUCAUCCAGGCUAUGGUCUACAGCUCCCAACAGACAGAUAUCAACAGACCUCGACCUCCUCCGGUCACUCAGGGCGGCGUGAGAGGAGCCGAUCCCGAUCACCUCACAGGAAUUACAAGGACAGCCGCUCCUACUCUUCAUCCUCCUCACAUCGGAGUGAAAAGAAGCAGGAACCUAGAGCUCCCAGCCCACAGAAGGACCGCUACCAGAGACAGAGGAACCACGUGCCCAAGAAGCUCUCUGCAGAGGAGAUGGAGCGAAAGAGGCGUGAGAUGAUGGACCAAGCCAAGCAGCGGGAGGAAGACAGGGAGAAUAAUGUGAAGCGCUAUAAGAGGCAGGACGAGCAGGAGAAGCAGAGGGAACAAAACGCCAAGCAUGACCGCCACGCUGGCUUCAUCCACAACAUGAAGCUGGAGAGUGCCGCGAGCUCCUCCUUAGAGGACAGAGUGAAGAGAAAUAUCCACUCCAUUCAGAGGACGCCAGCCUCCCUGGAAAACUUCAUGAAACGAUAAAGACAAAAAAUCACAUUACAGUCAAUGAACUGACUAAAAAGACUGCCACACACCAUUUUUUGACUGGGGCAGGUGAGCUGCGAGCCUGUCAGGAAUUCAAACACAGGCUUUUAAUUUGAAAAGCAGAUGUCAUAGUAUUCAUAUGUACAGUACAAAAGGCCUGUUGUUACUUCAUGUGUUUUAGCUACUUUCUUCAAAUCAAAUAACUGUUUAUAAGGUUAAAGUAAGUUUGUGCAAUUUACUGUUUUUGUUUUUACAUAUUGAUAGGACCUCUUAUCUCAAAUGCUUUUGUAAUAUUCGUUUGGUACUGUGAGUAACAAAUGGUAUAAAAACUACAUUUCUGGAUUUGUACUAUUCAUUCUUUUUUAAAUGCCACUUGUCACUGAUCAUAGACUGUUAUUUAAGAGAAAAUAUACUUUGUAUACCCUGAAGUGGGGAAAUUCCUUUACUUAGCACCUGAAAGUUAACAUCAAACAGAUCAAAUAAAGAGAGUGGAAA